CCCCUGCGCUCCCACUGUCGUGUCCCCCGCCACCUCCUCUCUCCUUCUAUCCCCGAACCAGCCCGCACCCAAGGGCUGGGUCGCCCCCUGGACCCGGAGCCCCACCUGCCCUUGCUGGCCAUCCCACUGCUCCCCCUGCUGUCCCCUCUCCUCUACCCCACUCACCGGCCUCUCCUGCCCCUGCUGAACCUCCUGUUGCUGGCUGUGCUGUCCUCUCUCCUCUCCCCCACCAACCUGCCCCUCUUGCCUUUGCUGGCCAUGCUGUUGCUGUUGCUGCUGCUCCUGCCGCUGCUGUCCCCUCUCCUCUCCCCUACCAGCCUGCCCCUGCUGACCCUCACGCCGCUGCCCAUGCUGACCCUCCUCCUGCCGCCCCUGUUGGCCUUGCUGACCUUCCUGGUGCUGCCGCUGUUGCCCUCUCUCCUCUCCCCUACAGACAUGCUGCUGCUGCCCCUGCUGGCCCUGCUGCUGCUGCUGCUGCUGCUGCUGCUGUUGUUGCUGCUGCUGCUGCUGCUACCGCUGCCGCCGCCGCCGCUGCUGCUGCUGCUGCUGCUGCUGCUGCUGCUGCUGCUACUGUCAGAACAUUAUAG